AAAGGGUCGGCAGGCCCGCUCACUGCUACAGUUGGCUUCAGUGCAAGAGGCAAGUGACAGCAGACUACUACCGACAUGAACAAGUACUUGGUGGUGCUGGCCGGCGUGCUGGUGGUGUUGGCCCUGGUCCAGGGUCACCACGAACCGGGCCACGUGGGCGACGACAGCACCGGCGGCGGCAGUGAGGGAGGCAGCAGCGGCGGCGCCACCAGCCGCGGGGGCGGCGGCAGCGAUGGCGGCAGCACCGGGGGCGGCCACAGCGGCAUCGGCGGCGACCACACGGGACACCACGGCGGCGGCAGCGGCCACGACCACCACGCCUAGGCUGACGUCUCACUCCGAUCACGGCCCCUGCAACGGCUCCAGAUGAGCACACAGCUCCUACAUCUAUCUCUGUCCCCUUUUCCUUUCAAUCCGUAAAACCUUCUUUGAAUUUUGGAUACACUGUAAUAAUGACCGAAAUCAAUUUUUCAGUACUACAAUAAAGCUUCAGUUGUUAGUUUAA